UACCUAUAACUACCUGGGGAAAAAGACAAACCAGAUGUUGGAGGCUUUCGAACAGAAAGAUUUCUCAUCGGCUCUCAAUUACCAGUUUUGUAUCCAGAGAUUUAUCAACUAUGUAGUCAAACUAGGUUUUGGAGUGUCGCAGACCAAAGCCAUCAUGACGCUGGUCUCUGGGAUUCCAAUGGGCCCACCCCGGCUUCCACUGCAGAAAGCCACCAGGGAGUUUACUGAUAAUGCAGAGGCCAAGUUGAAGAGCCUAGAUUUCCUUUCUUUCACUGGUUUAAAGGAUGGAAACAUGGAAGCCUGCAGCUAGUGCCUCUCUCAAAUAAUGAUGUGCACGCUGAGAUCUGAUCCACCUUCAAUAGUACAUUCUUUUCUCAGGGACUUUUUAGAUGAACUUGAACUCAACUUUCUCUUAGCAAAUGGAAUAUCUCACCAAUCAAGAAGUAUUUAAGUGUCAAUUAUGAACCUAAAAUGUUUGUGUUGUGAAGGGGUUUUAAACCCUAAGCCAUUCAUUUCAGAAUUUGUGUAGAGAAACCUCUGUUUAUAUAGAUGCAAUAGAAUCAAGGGACAAUUGUUGUUGAUUGACUCCAUCUGCCUUUUUGGGGAGCACCUAUUAUCUUAAUCUUAUUUAAAAGCUUUCUGAUUUUAAACCACUGAUAUACUGUUGUUUUAAUAAAUAUUCAUAUGGA